CUGGCUGACACCUCUUACGCGAGAAGAGCGAAUAUCCAAUCGAGAACUUGUUCCACUUCGGCUUUCCCGAGACGCACCUCGAGGUGGCGGGAAAUAUGACACCUGAAGCCCUUGGUUUCUCCCCUCACUGACAGGAAAGCUGACCAAUGGGGCCGAUAGGAGGCUCGCGGGGUCUGAUCAUUGGACAGGCGGGCAAGAGGAGGAGGACGCGCUGCAUUCUGGGAGUCGUAGUCUUCCCCCUUUUACCGGAUGUUUUGUAGGUUGUUUUUGUUUUUGUUUUUUCAAGCUGCUGUUCCUUAACCUACCGUAGAGAAGACUGUCUGGCGGUUAUAAUAAAAGUAGCCUAAGCGUCAGAGAAUGGGAGUUUUUACGCAGCAACCUGUUUUUUAAAUGUACUAAAAUCAGGCGUGCUGGGUAUGUUUCUGAAGCAAACUGCCCUCAAGUGGCAUUCCGAGAAAAAAGUGAAUUUUGAGAAUCUGUGGGAUGGAAAUAGAAUAAUAGCAUCUUUGGGAAAGUCUCUUUAGUCGAGCGACCCAUUUGCUCUCUGAAUACCAUUGCCUGAAGUAACACGUAAAAAUAGGCGGUGGAGGAGGGCGAAGUGAAAGAAACAUUUUCAGUAUUGUGUCCUGCCCCCUUGAGAUGGCCUCAUGUUUUAUUCUACAAAAUUCAGCCCAUAAUCACUACACCAUCUUACUUGCAAAUGGGUCCCUUCGGCCGCGCCGGCAGCCAUGACGACCGCCAUCUUGGAGCGCCUGAGCACACUGUCGGUGAGCGGGCAGCAGCUGCGCCGCCUGCCCAAGCUCCUGGAGGACGGCCUUCCCAAGAUGCCCUGCACCGUCCCUGAGACCGACGUGCCCCAGCUCUUCCGGGAGCCGUACAUCCGCACCGGCUACCGCCCCACGGGCCACGAGUGGCGCUACUACUUCUUCAGCCUCUUUCAGAAGCACAACGAGGUGGUCAACGUGUGGACCCACUUGCUGGCCGCCCUGGCCGUGCUCCUGCGAUUCUGGGCCUUCGCUGAGGCCGAGGCCUUGCCGUGGGCCUCCACGCGGUCGCUGCCCCUGCUCCUCUUCAUCCUGUCGUCCAUCACUUACCUCACGUGCAGCCUGCUGGCCCACCUGCUGCAGUCCAAGUCGGAGCUCUCGCACUACACCUUCUACUUCGUGGACUACGUGGGCGUGAGCGUCUACCAGUACGGCAGCGCCUUGGCCCACUUCUUCUACAGCUCCGACCAGGCCUGGUACGAGCUCUUCUGGCUCUUCUUCUUGCCCGCAGCUGCCUUCUGUGGGUGGCUGUCUUGUGCCGGCUGUUGCUAUGCCAAGUACCGCUACCGCAGGCCUUACCCGGUCAUGAGGAAGCUCUGUCAAGUGGUGCCGGCGGGGCUGGCCUUCAUCCUAGACAUCAGCCCGGUGGCCCACCGUGUGGCCCUGUGCCACCUGGCUGGCUGCCAGGAGCAGGCGGCCUGGUACCACACCCUCCAGAUCCUCUUCUUCCUGGUCAGCGCCUACUUCUUCUCCUGCCCGGUUCCUGAGAAGUACUUUCCGGGUUCAUGUGACAUCGUGGGCCAUGGGCAUCAGAUCUUCCAUGCCUUUCUGUCUGUCUGCACGCUCUCCCAGCUGGAGGCCAUCCUUCUGGACUACCAGGAGCGGCAGGAGAUCUUUCUGCAGCGCCAUGGCCCCCUGUUUGUCUACACGGCCUGCCUUUCUUUCUUCUUCUUGGCGGCCUGCAGUGCUGCCACUGCAGCGCUCCUGAGACACAAAGUCAAGGCGAGACUGACAAAGAAAGAUUCCUGAGGCUGGCAGGUGGGGUGAGGUUUAGAGGCAGCCUGCUAUGAUUUGGGGAAAGCUCAGUACAACAAUAGGAGUUGACUUUUUAAGAGUUGCUUUUAAAUUAACACAUAUUUCCAAGGAUAUGCUAUGGCAUUGGAAAGCCAAAGGAGUCAAGCAUUUUGUUGUUAAAAGUUGUUGCUAAUAAAAGGAGUAUUACUUUUCCCUCUGUGUCACAGCCUUACGAGAUACAGGAAAGGAAGGGACUUUGGCUAGGAUUCGUGGGACACUGAAUUAAGGACGAUCUUUCUGCCUGAAAAUUUAGUGGAAUUUUGACUUUGGCCUCUAGGGCCAAGUCCUGGAGCUAAAGGGAUUAUAAAGUUGGACUGGAAAGUAAGUAUGUGGCUGGUCCACACCGUAUUGGAAUGGCCAUCCUACCAUACUGGUCUUUGGUAAUUGAGUAAACUGACCCAAGAACUUGAUUUCAUUUGGAUUUCAGAUUGUCCAGGGUGGAGAAGUCAGAAACUUCAAGAUGAUUCAGUGAAACCCUUAGACAUAAUGAAUUACUUGGUUCAUCUGAGUUCUGGUCCCUCCUCUCUUGCCCACUUUGACACUGACCCUUUUCUCAGGAUGACGUCUGCCUAGCUGUUUUCUCUACAGUGUACUCCCGUCUGUACUUUGCAUGGUAAUAUAGAGGACUGUGAAGCAGUCAUAUUUCCAGGAAAUGCUUGGAUCCAUGUGGACAUUCAGGAAGCUUAUUUUCAUAUACUACUAAACGGUACUAGAAAGUACAGUGCCAAGAGCCAUCAGAAGGCCCAGCCAACAAGCAUGGAUACUGUUUUGUGUCAUGAGACCCUUCUGUUUUAUACCUGUGGACUGUAGUACUUGAGAUCUAUCAGGGCUGUUUUACAGGCCAGAAAAUCUGGGGCUUGUGCUAGGAAAUCUUCUCCAGAUUUGGACCAACAUGUUUAAAGAAACAAAACAAACAAACAAAACCCUGAAUAGAAUGAAUUGGUUCUGGUUCUUCUAGGGAUCUGAUUAUUUCAAGAGGAACCCAAGGUCCAGAUUCUUAAUUAGAUGCUGCCAUUUAAAGGACCCACAUAUCUUCCCUAGUUCAGGGUCUUCAGGCAGGAGGUUAUGCCUCAACUUAGAGAUGGAUCCUUAAAAUAAUGAAGCCCCAGGACAGAUGAGCAUGUGUGAUCACUGUGGGUUGGUCCCUGAAGACUCCUAUGGGUAAGAAUGGUGAACCAGGUACCCUGUAGCUAGAAUUUUCUGUUGUCCAGUAGCUCCUGUGGGAUAGGGAGUACUUGUGAUUGAUGUGUUCUGGCCACACAACCCUCUCUGAGGACUGAUUUAUGUAUUAAUCCAGUGAAGGGGGAUGUGUUGAUGGAGGAGCCAUGGGAGUGUUCUCAAAGGCUAUGUUUCCUAUCAGUAUAAGGUCCCUUUUACUACAAAGGGAAGUACUUUGUUUUCACUCCAGUUUGAUGAAACUCUUCUAUUAAUAGGUUAUUUUAUCUUCAGGUCUUUGUUUUCUUCCUUUCUCUGAGCAGUUUGUGGAUUUUGUGCCUUACAAAUGGAAACAUAUGAACAGUUUACUUAAUACAUGGCCAUGCACAAUUUUCAGUUUUGGGUUAUUGGGAUAAGAAAAAAAGAAUGCAUUGCUUUUGAACCAGUGGGUGAAAGAAGAGUCAGAAAACCAGAAUUACUUAUAAAUCAAAAGGCACUGUCAAGUGAAAAAAAAAAAAAAAAAAAAGACACUGUCAGUCUGCAUUUUGGCAAAACAAAACAAAACAAAACACAACCUCAACUGAAGUUUUCCUAUAAUCUUCAUAUCAAGAAAGCAUAUGUCUUGUCUGCUACUUGGAUUUCCUAGAUGGAUUUCUCUGUUAAUCCUUAAAUACCUGAACUUCUCUGCUACCCAAGUGUCUUACAUAAGCUUCUGGGGUGCAAGCCACAUUCAUCACAAAUAAAGCUGACAAAACUGAAGCCAGUUGAACCAAACAAGGUGAUGGGGGAAUUAUACAAACACAUCGCAAGAAGAGGGUCAGUUUAAAAUGUUUGAAAUGUUCAUUUUUAUGGAGUCAAAGAUCAUAUUCUUCUAAAAGUUAGGAGGAAAGUGUAAGUCAGGCUUUUGAAUAUGGCGGUGGUCCUGGUGGACAGAGAUCUUCAGGCCAAAUGCAGAUAAAUUUUAAGAAAAUAGGAAAUAGGACAGCAACAGUGAUCUUCAAAUGCAGUCAACAGACCAAGCUAAGCUGACACACUCCAAGUGGUCUAUGACAAGUUCAGAUAGAUUAAGCUCUUUAAGAUAUUGCCACAAAAUUAUUACUUUAAUUUACACAGGUAUUGGUCCCUCAAGUGGUAGGAAAUUUUUUAAACAUAAAGUUUUUCACCAGAGGUAAUUGAGAGCAUUGGGGACUAGAUACCUCAUUAAAAUACCAGUAUCAUAAAAACAAACAGAUGAGAUAAUCAGUGUCUUAUUAGAAAUAUAUAAACAAAAGAAAUGCAAAUGUUUUAAGUUACUCAGACUUUUGAGGGACUAAAUACUCCUUUUAGAACAUUUUCAUUAAAAUGAGUGUAUCAGCCAGGAACAGAUCUAGUUUACUUAAAAGAAAUGAUUAAGUAUUUGAUAAAGGAGAUGAUUGUUUUCUUCCAACAUAGCCUCCCCAACAGUUGACAUCUGGAAAUUCUGCCGGUUCUCUCUCUAUUAAAAUAUAAAUGCUUCUGGGAAACCUAAACUAUCAGUCAUUUACAUCUUGUGAAUAAAAAUUCUGAUGGAUUUGUAUGAGGCCCUACUCAGGGUAAGGAAAUGGGGCAUCAGGACGCAGCUGACUGGGGACACAUUUGCCUAUUUCCCUCUUGUCUAGUACUUUCUGACUUACACUUACUAAUGAGCUAACGUCAGUACUCAGAUGUUAAAAGUUUCAUUUCUCACCUCUGCUAAGAGCACUUCACUAAAUAAUAACACUCUGAGUCCUCUGUUGGAAGCUUGAAAUAGUAGGAGCUCAGGUUGUGGAAUGAAGGUAGCUCAUUCCUGACUCCUAUUCACAAAUGGUACUUUAAUACUUAACAGGUUCUUCAGAUGCUACACUGUAGUUUCAAGUGGACCCUCCAAAUGGCGCCCAUGUCUUACUCAGCGUGGCUAUUGUAUCCAAGUCUUUGGGCUGUUGAUUGUAUUGGUCCUAGUGUUUUGCUUGAUUGCUUGGCGAAGAAAAAAUGGAACUAUUUUCUGUUUAUAUAAAUCUACUUACACGAAUGACCAUUAAACAGAUUUUGUAUAUAUGGAUUGUUGUACUGUCAGCAACUAUCUUGUUUCUUUGACAAGGCCCCCUCGUCAAAGAAGGUCUUCGUAAACAGGGUCUUUUCAUAAUUCAAAAGAAAAACAGCUUGCUUUCUUAAGUCGGUUGGCUAAAGAUCUGUACCUUAAAGAAAGGUCUUAUCUAGACAAACAUUAACAGAAGGAGGAGGUCAGGACAUUUUAUAUCCACCUAGAAGUAGGGAAGUACAAAAUCCUUAAAAUCUCCAUACCCGAGCCCCCCAAAUACACACACACACACCCUAAAUCCCCACUUGUGGAAAGAUCAUAUUGCCACCUCCCCCCAAAGGUUAUGGAUUUGAUUUCUCUGAGGAUAUCCAUCUAAUUGAAUAAAGUACUUCUAGUUUCAUGGAAAAUAGUGUUAAAUGUUUUCAAAAUUUUGAAUCAGUGGACUACAUUUUUAAAAUACAAAAAUUAUGAAUUAUAAUUGUACUGUAACAGCUACUAUAAUGAAUGUGUUAUACAAUGUGGCACGUAUACCAACUGUUAUAUUUAGUAGCUGUGAAAAAAAGUCAUUCUCCAGACUACUCCAGCUUCAAGCCAUAGUACUAUCACAACAGGGAGAAAAUAGCAUUUGUCUGGCUUGAGGCACCACUGAGAGAAUUAUGAAUAUCUCUCUUGUGCUAACCCUUUUCUGUGACCCCUGGGGCCCUUAGGCAGUUUGCAAAUGCUUCUGUUGUCACUGUUAAUAGUUUAACCGCUCUUCAGUUACUGAUUCAUCAAGUAUUAUGAGCACCUCUUGGUGCCAGUACCCGUGUUGGCUCUGGAGAUACCACAGUGAGGAAAAGAAUGCUGGGACCCCGAGAGUUUUCAAACUGCUAACUGAGACCCAGCAUCUUCCCACAUUGGGCCAUCACAGGAUCUCCCACUAGGUCUCAGUACUAGUCUGAGGGCCAGAUGGCCAGCCAAACCCAGGGGAGUCUGGGACUUGUUCUGAACCAGAACAUUUUUUAAAGGAUUGAAGUCUCUCCCUUUGCCCCCCAGAGACUAAAAAUAUCUUCCACCAGCAACGCUGUGUCACCCGUGAUCACCUCAACCCUUCUUGUUAUUCCUGUUGGUUUUCUAGCCCUUAACACUGUCCUCUAGUGUUUAAUUCAGUCUCAGACCCACUUGGCUCAUCUGGGCACAGAGAAGCCCUGUAUUUCCACAGGCAGUAGUUAAAGUCCUAGGUAAUUAAAUCCCCAUCUGUCAGGGAAUGUAAGGUUCCAACAUGAGUACAAGUUCUUGAUUUAGUAAAUCAGAAACAACAUGUUACACUCUAUCUGCCUCCUUAAAAAAAAAUAGUAAUCAUUUUAUCCCUUAAGGAACUUUUAUUAAAAUAAUAUGGAAGGGAAAACUUUGUGAUAAAAGGAAGAUUGAUUUAAAUAUUAAUUUUAAGAACAUAUUUGUCUAAGGUAAAGGAAGAUGUAUGCAUUGUGUUUCAGAUUACAAGAGGCCUUGACCAACUCAAAGGCUACAGACUAACACCUCAGAUCUUUUCAUGAAUUAUGCUUUCGAAAACAUUACCACAUCCAUUCAAGCUUCCAAAUAAUCAUGUGAAGUGAGGCCAAAAAGAUCUCCUCUAAACUAGGAAACAUAGUGAGAAAGUGGAAUGAUUGGUUCAAAGUCACAUAACUCAUUAUAAUGUUUAAACUCAAAUGCAUCUUUCCUUCAGAUAAAUCCAAGGCUCAGCUAAUCAGAAACGUCAACACCCAGAUGUUUGCAGAGCCCAUUACAGUGUAUGAAGCACUUUUAACUAUUGUGCAUACUUCAACCUAAUCUCAUUUCCGCUUUUAUUCCUAAAUACCUCACGAAUAGUGAGGGUUGUAUUGUUUCUUUGCAGGUUAAAGUGACUUACUUCACACUGAGUGCUUGGAUGCCAAAUAAAGCAAUCCUGCACCUCACAGUUUUCUCAGAGCCCAAAAGGUCAUUGGUGACAGGCAUCUGGUGGCCUAGAGUAUAACAUCAAAUCUCACUCUCCAGUCACAGAUUCUUGAAAAUACCUUGAUUCCUUGAGUAAAAUUAAUCUAGUAUUGAUAAUCUUCCCAAGAUUAUGCAAACCCUCCCUCUCAUUUUUCACUAGGGAUUGUCAGUUCUUCAAACAAUCUGUUCUCCCAGGGAUUCUGACAAGUGGUAUGACUUUGAAUAUGGGAUUUAAA